UGGAGCAUGCGACGCGAAUAAACCCCUAGUAACUUUAGGCGAUUUCGACGGUAACAGGAAAAAGGCCGGCAUGGCCAUUCUUAGAUUUCUCUCUGCUGAAAUGAUGUGAAAUUAUCGCAAAUAUUUGUUGAUAGUAUAAGGUUAAGACAAAAAUGUUUGUUUUGGCGGAAUUAAAAGAUACUGUUAGAAUACCACCAAGUAGCUUUAAAUCUAAAUUAAACGACGUCAUUGCUGACGAAUUAAAUAGAAAGCUCGCUAAUAAAGUAUACAAGGAUGUAGGCCUUUGCAUCACAUUACAUGAUAUUACGAAAAUCGAAGAGUCGUAUAUUUUUCCAGGAGACGGAGCUUCCCAUACAAAAGUGACAUUUAGGUUUAUUGUAUUUCGUCCAUGGAUGGAAGAAAUAUUAACAGGAAGGAUUCGUAGUUGUAGUCCUGAGGGAGUACAUGUUACAUUAGGAUUUUUUGAAGAUAUAGUCAUACCACCUCAUAAGUUACAGCAUCCGUCACGUUUUGAUCAAAUGGAACAAGCAUGGGUUUGGAUAUACAAGGCUGACGAUGGAAAAAUACACGAUCUAUUUAUGGAUGCAGGAGAAGUUAUACGAUUUAGGGUAGUAAAAGAAAUUUUUACGGAAGCACCUUUACCAUCAGUACUUAAUGCAUCUCAAGAUAUAAGUGAAAAGGCAGAAGCCAAUAAUAUGGCUGCGCCAUAUAUUUUACAUGGAUCGAUUGAUGAACCUGGUCUGGGUUUACUUACCUGGUGGCAAAAUGCACAAUAAUUCAUUAUGAUUAUUUGAUCCUAAGUAAACUAGAUGCAUGAUUAAAGUAAAAACAAUUUUGGUCAAUAAAUUUUUAUUUCACAGCACAUUCCAUUGUAUUGUGUCAUCAUUAAACGUUGCAUCUGUGAGCAGUAUUUCACAGGGUGAUUCAGUUUUUCAAUAUAGCUUUGCCCGUAUAGAUAUAUUUACGUUCAGUUUUGAUUGAUAACAGAAUUAUAUAGGUAUGGUUUGUACAAUAUAUACAAAGGUAUUAUGUGCCA